AUGGCGGAAUUACAGGAAAUAGAGAAAAAAGGACGUGCCACUAACGCAAAAUUAAUAGCAUAUAUGGAAAAACAUCGCUUAUAUGAAUUAUUUUACGUAAAUAACCUAUACACUAUAAAUAUAUCCAACAUAUAUAAAUUAAUUUAUCAAAGUCUUACUAUAUAUAGGAAAUAGCAAUUCAAUUAAUGAUUCAAAAACCCGAAGAUCAUGUUAUAUUUAUGAAACAAUACCUUCAACUUGCUGUUAAGAAGCUUAAUAUUUCUAACAUUAUCCUCAUUGCACCUACAAAUUUUGGAUGUUUGUCACUGCAAGGAAUCGGAGGAUCUUGCAUAUGCAAUGAGAAAAAUUUUAGAAAGCGAAGCUACUUUUCGUGAAAGUGGAUGGAUAUUAGUUGGAAAUUCGAAAAUUUGUACAGACACGUUCGCUUGUUAUAAAACAUGUGAUCCUACAAAUACUUUGAAAAAUAUGAAACAUCGUCGUUACUUAAAAAAUUUGCGAGACUUACGAGAAGUAUACGGACAUUGUUUAAUUGAAGUUGAAGUAGGUAUUAGGUCCAUCGAUGAACUUGGAAAAGAUUGUGCAAAAUUAACAAAAAUAAGAAAACAUUGUGGAGCACCGUCACUUUUCCGCAUUGCGCUUGUUGGAUCUAGAGGAUCUGGGUGCACUACAUUAGCAAAAUACUUGGCCGAACGAUUCAACCUCGUUCACAUUGAUUACGAUCAAAUUAUGGACCAAGCACGUUUACAACAAAAUUCUUUAGGAAAAUUGCUUCGAAUAUUUGAGGAAAAAUGGGGAGAAAGACCCAAACCUGAAUUUAGGAUACAAGUCGUUGAAAAAUAUUUAUCUGAAUAUGAGUGUUUAAAAAGGGGUUGGGUUUUAACUGGUUAUCCAAAAACCGUAGAAGAUUUUAAACUACUAGACUUAAAUCCUACACCCCCAAAUAGAGUAAUAUUUGUAGAAGUAGAUGGUGACGUCUGUAGAGAAAGACUGCUUAAUCGUAGAUACAAUUUUGUCACUGGAAGCAAGCAUAUUUUGUCAACAACAAAUUAUGCCGAUAACGAUGACUGUAAAUUAACUAUACAUCCUAGAGAUCUCAGACUAGUCGUUGAACGAGAUCUUCAGGAGUAUGAAGAAAACGUGACUGAUAUGAUAGAGUAUGCAGGCGAAUCUGCGAUAAAAAUCGAUGGUAAUGAAGAAGAAAGAAUCGUUCGAGAACAAAUAGAAGCAAUUAUAAUGCGUCCAAUUUCAUCCUGGCAAUCAAGAGUACCAAAACCUCCACCUGUGAUUGAUCCCAUGACUAUCGAAUUUGAUCCUGAUGAUGAACCAGAUUCUAGUGUGUUCGAUAAUAUACGUGCACCCGAGACAACCUACACUUUUAUUUAA